AUGAGCCCCGACCACACUCACGGUGCUCACAAGAGUCCCGACCACACUCACGGUGCUCACAUGAGCCCCGACCACACUCACGGUGCUCACAAGAGUCCCGACCACACUCACGGUGCUCACAUGAGCCCCGACCACACUCACGGUGCUCACAAGAGCCCCGACCACACUCACGGUGCUCACAAGAGCCCCGACCACACUCACGGUGCUCACAAGAGCCCCGACCACACUCACGGUGCUCACAAGAGCCCCGACCACACUCACGGUGCUCACAAGAGCCCCGACCACACUCACGGUGCUCACACGAGCCCCGACCACACUCACGGUGCUCACAAGAGCCCCGACCACACUCACGGUGCUCACAAGAGCCCCGACCACACUCACGGUGCUCACAAGAGUCCCGACCACACUCACGGUGCUCACAAGAGUCCCGACCACACUCACGGUGCUCACACGAGCCCCGACCACACUCACGGUGCUCACAAGAGUCCCGACCACACUCACGGUGCUCACAAGAGUCCCGACCACACUCACGGUGCUCACACGAGCCCCGACCACACUCACGGUGCUCACAAGAGCCCCGACCACACUCACGGUGCUCACAAGAGCCCCGACCACACUCACGGUGCUCACACCGUGAUAGCGUCAAGUGAUAGCGUCAAGUGA